AUGCAUGAAGCAGAACGAGCGGAAGGAGCGGCAGGAGCGGACGGAAUCGAUGGAAGGGAAGCAGCCGAAGGGGAGGAAGGAGCCAAUGUGGGGGAAAAUCGAGGAGGAGAAGAAGCUUCGAUGGCAGAGGUGACAGAAGAGGGAAAACGAGGCGAAGGGGAGAGGGUGGAAGGAGCAAGAGAGGGGACGGAUGCAGCAACAGGGGGGUCGGUGUUGGGUGAGGUAGAAAACGCGGAGGGGAUGGAGGGAGCGGGAGAGACGCCUGCAGUUGCGGAUUGGCCGCUGCUUCGGUUCUCGCAGCCCGCUCCCGCCUGUCGCGCGCUGAUCUGGCAGUGCUUCCGCGCUGACGCGGACGCUGACGUGGCAGCCGACGCGGCAGCUGACGUUGCAAGCGGAAGAAGCGGAGGGCGGGGAUGCGUGGAGGGUAGUGCGGCGGGCAGGAAGCGGAAGGCUGGGUGCGAACGCGUGGUGCGGAGCCGGCGACAAGUGGACCCUUCUGGGAACUUUCUCAAGGGCGUGAAGUGGUAUCCUCGAUAUUCGUGCUUUGCAUGCACUCCAUUCCUUCGCAUUCAAUGCAACGCACUGCUCAUGCUGACGUCAUUAUGGCACGAUUCUUACCAAACUGUCCCUCCCCCCUCCUCCCUUUCUUCCCCAUCCCCCUCCCCACGGGCUGCCCCCGUCUCCUUCCCCCAUUCUCUCUCCACGUCUCUUCCCCUCUUCUACCCGCCCUCGCUCCUCCCCCCUUUCUCGUACCUGUCAGAUUCGCUGGCACCAGCAGUGAUGGUCAGGGAGGGGGAGACCAUCUAUGACUUCGCAUGGUUCCCUGCCAUGUCAGCAGCUGGUAUGCCAUGUCAGCAGCUGGGACCAUCCGGUGCACCUGUGGGAUGCCAUGACCGGCCAGGUGUGCUCUCACCUGAGGUGAUUGGCCAGGUGUGCUCUCACCUGAGGUGGUCCGCCAGGGCUGUUCAGGUGUUAGACCAGGUGUUAGACCAGGUGUUAGACCAGGUGUUAGACCAGGUGUCAGACCAGGUGGUACGCCAGGUGAUGGACGAGACGAGAUAUUGCUACUGCCCGCUCUACAGCUUCCAUUUCCUUCUCCAAUCAUGCCCCACUCCCAUGUCUCAUCCAGCUGCGCUGCGCUGCACGUACCACGCACAUGACCACACCACAUGGACAGACGAGAUCGCCAUGCAUGUGUGCGUAUUGUAUUGCUACUACGCUGAAUGUACCGAAAUGCACUCCUCCCCACCCUCCCGCACCAUGCCACACCAGCUGCGCUGCACGUACCGAGCAUACGACCACCUGGAUGAGAUUGCUGCUGCCCUCUCCCUCACCUUCUCUUCUCAAGGAGACAAGUGA